AUGUCCGCCAUCGACGCAUCAACAGGCAAAACUCGUCUCCGAGCAUCCUUAGAGCGAGCCGCAUCGCGCGGCGACCCUUCAAUAGGCCAAUGGCUGGAAUUUCCGGGCUACACGCUCGCCAGGACAGUGGCCUCACUUCCGGGAGUCGACUGGGUUUUGAUAGACUGCGAGCACGGCAACAUCGAUGAUGCGGCGAUGUAUCAUUCCGUUGCGGCAGUUGCGGCAGCAGGCUCGAGUCCGAUCGUCCGGAUAGCCGGAGCAGAGAAUUGGAUGGUCAAACGGGCUCUGGACGCUGGAGCGCAUGGGGUCAUGGUGCCGAUGGUCGAGACGGUGGUGAGUGUCGAUAUCACCUCCAGACCGAGUCUUGUCGUGACUGAAGUUCAAACAGGAACAAGCGCAAUCGUUGGCAAACUUCGCCCACUAUCCCAACCCAGCAUCUUUCCCCACCGGAACGAGAGGCGCAGGCGGCCUGUUCGCAAACGCAAGCUUCAACCUCUCCCCGCCGGACUAUCUCCGCCAAGCAAACGACAAGAUCACCAUCAUCAUUCAGAUCGAAACUCGGAAGGGAGUGGAGAAUUGCGAAGCCAUCGCCGGUGUGAAAGGCAUUGAUGCCCUCUUCGUCGGACCGAACGAUCUUGCCUCUAGUAUGGGCUAUUUUGCCUUUGAUCAUCCCAAGAUUCCGGAAGUCCAAGAAGCCAGUGCGAAGGUGCUAGCAGCGGCUAAAUCGAAAGGGAAGUUUGGAGGUCACUUUUCUCUGUCAGCCGAUGAUGCUGCGAAAAGAUUACAGCAAGGCUGGCAUUUUGUGAAUUGUGGAGCAGAUGUCGUGGCCAUUGCGGCAUGGAUGAGCACUGAGAUGGCGAGGUUGAAAACGAUGUCUGGAGAGACUGCGCCUGCUGAGCCUUGA